AAAUGAAUAAAUAAAUCUUUUUAAAAAGAUUAUGUCCUUCUCCCCUUUCUCUCCCUCCAUCAUGUGGGGACACAGUGAGGGGCAGCCAUCCACAAGUCAGGGUAAAGGCUCUCACCAGAACCCAACCACGCUGACACCCCAAUCUCAGAAUUUCAACCUCCAGAACUGAGGAAAAUAAUUUCUCUUGCUUAAACUACCAGUCUAUGAUAGUUUGUUAUGGUGGCCCAAGCCAGCUCCAGUAAAGCCCAGUUAGAAAACUGCUCUUAGAGAUGAUAGAGUGCAAAUCUUAACUGCAAGGACAUUCAAAGAAUGAAUUUAUGAAACGGCAAAGGAAGGGAAUAGAAUAAAUGAAUAGGACAGGGGGGAUAGGCUUGAACAUUUUCAUCAAUGAGGCUGAUCUCAAUCCAUCUGCUGUUGGCUGUGACUACUUCUGAGAUGCACACAGUCUCACAUGGGUCAAAACACUAUGGAUGACUUUCUGUGUGGUUGAGCAAAACCACUUUCUCCUGGUUUUCAUUCUUAUUGUUGCAUGAGAGAUGGGACACUUAAACUCUAAGAAAGAAGACCAGUAGUGGCCAAAAAGUGGAUCCAAGCACCAAGAGACAGCAUGACAAGGGAAGAAAAGCAAAAUAUGCUCUUUAAAGGGAGAAGGGGAAAAAAAUGCAAGAACCCAGGAUCCCCGGCACCCAGGGGUGCAAGCCAAUGAAAAAAAUGGGAAGAGGUGGUGGCACCAUACCGUCAACAGUGCUCUAUGUGUGAAAUGCUAUGCCAGAUGUUGGAAAAUACUACUUCACCAUUUCAAAACCUGCAAAGGUUGAUAAGCACUAUCUCCAUAAAGACUCCAUUUGAUCUCAUCAGAGCAAAAUGAGGCAAGCACAGCAGGACAGGGAUUAUGUCCCCAGGUAGGAAACUGUGGUUUGGAAUGCUUCAUUGGAGUUCCCUUGGCUGGCAAGCAUUAGAGGUGGUAACCAUGCCUCCAUUUUCUGAUUCCAGUCCCAGUGUCCGUUCUGUGACAAAUGUCAAGACAUGCUCUGUAUUUUUGCAUCUGAUCUUGACUUGGUUUUCCAAGUCAAAAUUUUCUCCAUGUCCUAUCUCAUUCCCUGACCAACAUGACCAACUUUUUGGGAGGCCCCCAAAAAGUCACAGGAUGGCUUCUUCCAGAACACAAAAUAACAUUGAAUGGAUUAUGAGAACUGAAGGAAGAAGAGAACCAUGUAGAUGGGGACCUACUGACAAAAGCCACAUGGUAUAAUGACUUCCUCCUUGGUGAGACUGUCCCAUAGCGAUCCCGAUACUGUGAGGCCACACAAGGAUAACUGCUGUUUUGAUUCCCACUUUGCACCUAUGAGAAACUGAGGCUCAGAAAUAUGAAGGACCUUGUCCAUGAUGUUCAUUCUAAGCAUCAAGAGUCAGAUGACAAACCCUUGUGUCCACCUCCAUCUCCCUAUAGGGGAAUGAGCGCUGGCAUGACAGCCAGGAGGCUCUUGGUUUCCAAUCCUUCCACUCACUUCCCAUGCCAUCCUGGUCAAACCUUGUAAACUCCAGGCUUCCGUUCCUUCCACUCUAAACUGAAGGGGUUGGACUGCAUGGUCUCUGAGAAUGUUCUCUAAGGUGGCUGGUAAAAAAACAAUCACAAGUACUGGAACACAUUUUGUCCAGACUCUUUGUGCUGUUUCCCAAAUAUAAUUCAGGGAGUCAGCCAACAGAUAGAAGAGGAUAUUUAUUGUUGCUGGUGAGGUCGACGGAUACUUUUUUUGAGCUCGAUCACACAGGAGGUCUGCAGGCCACAGCGUCAUUGCACGUCAUGGGCCCUGUGUGCUGCUCCCUCUCUCCCCGCCACUGCUCGAAGCCUGGGAGAACGCUUUUGAAACCAAUCAGGAAAUUACUUAUCAAUCUGAAGCCCCACAGAGUUAUGAGUGCUCCUCGCUGCCAAAGGGAAGGGGAUUUCGAGUGAAAGCUCCACAUCUGUGCGCAGUAGAAUUCAAAGACUCCAGCUGUUGGAAGGUCUUGCGAGCAAUAUGCAGCAUCUCAGAAACAAGCUUAAGUGUCCAUCGAUGGAUGAAUGGAUAGAGAAAAUAUGCUCCGGUCAUGAUCUCAGGGUGGUGAGACAGAACCCUGUGUUGGAGCCAAAGAUGUUUAUCUUGCUCUAUGUUACAAGUUUUGCCAUUUGUGCCAGUGGACAGCCUCGGGGUAAUCAGUUCAAAGGAGAGAGCUACUCCCCAAGAUAUAUCUGUAGCAUCCCUGGCUUACCUGGACCUCCAGGACCACCUGGAGCAAAUGGCUCCCCAGGGCCCCAUGGUCGGAUUGGCCUCCCAGGACGAGAUGGUAGAGACGGCAGGAAAGGAGAGAAAGGUGAAAAGGGAGCUGCAGGUUUGAGAGGUAAGACUGGACCCCUGGGCCUUGUUGGAGAGAAAGGGGACCAAGGAGAGACUGGGAAGAAAGGACCCAUGGGACCAGAGGGAGAAAAAGGAGAAGUAGGUCCAGCUGGGCCUCCUGGAGCAAAGGGAGACAGAGGAGAGCAAGGGGACCCAGGGCUGCCUGGAGUCUGUAGAUGCGGAAGCAUUGUGCUCAAAUCUGCCUUUUCUGUUGGCAUCACUACCAGCUACCCAGAAGAAAGGCUACCAAUUAUAUUUAACAAGGUCCUCUUCAAUGAGGGAGAGCACUACAACCCUGCCACAGGGAAGUUCAUCUGUGCCUUCCCAGGAAUCUAUUACUUUUCUUAUGAUAUCACAUUGGCAAAUAAGCAUCUGGCAAUUGGGCUAGUUCACAAUGGGCAGUACAAGAUAAAGACAUUCGACGCCAACACAGGGAACCAUGACGUCGCUUCUGGGUCCACGGUCAUCUAUCUGCAGCCAGAAGAUGAAGUGUGGCUGGAGAUCUUCUUCACUGACCAGAACGGCCUCUUCUCAGACCCAGGUUGGGCAGACAGCUUGUUCUCCGGAUUUCUCCUAUAUGUUGACACAGAUUAUCUAGAUUCCAUAUCUGAAGAUGAUGAGCUGUGAUUAGGACUCAUGUCCUGAAU